ACAAUUCAAAUCCAAACAUCAAUGGCCUAACUUUAGUUCCUACUCUCAUUACCUUUAGCAAAUAGUAUAAUAAAACAACAAAGGGGUCCAUCACCUCCCUUAAUCAAAAGCUUCUUUCCCUUUUACUUUCCUUAAUCCACUUCUAACUUCAUCUUAAUAAGUAGAUCCAAGAUUCAUUUGUUCUUCUUUCCUCUCAUAAUUCAUUUUGCCAUGACUUCCUCUGAGAGCUUGAGCUUCUUUUCUCCUGAAUAUACUUCUCCUAAGAUGUUUCCCCUUACUCCAUCGCCGUUACCACCACCACUACCACCACCAGUACCAUCACAUAAACGCGGCGUACCAGUACCAUCUCCUAUGAACCAAAUUGUCGUGUCAAAACAUGCCUUGAAUCAACCUUUGACACCAGAAAUCCCAUUUGAAAGCAAGACAAAACCAGUACAAUAUAUUGUACCACGACAACGUAGACGGACAAAUCCUGGAGUAUGGUUUGUUGCAAUCCUAUGCAUGAUAUUCUGCUUACUUCUUAUAUGUUUUGGGAUUGUCACACUAGUCAUAUUCCUUUCUAUUAAACCAAGAAAUCCACUGUUUGAUACAUCUAAUGCUAGCCUCAGUCUCAUCUACUUAGACUCCCCACAGUAUAUGAAUGGUGAUUUUACAUUUAUUGCAAAUUUCACCAAUCCAAACAGGAAGCUGGAUGUGAGAUUUGAGCAUUUGGAUAUUGAGCUAUAUUUUUCAGAUAGUCUAAUAGCAACUCAAGUUCUUCAACCUUUCACUCAGAGACGACGCGAAACACGGCUAAUACCAGUUCACAUGAUAUCUAGUUUGGUUUAUUUGCCACCAAUAUCAGCAUUCAAACUCCAAAAGCAGGUCCUAAGCAACAGAAUUGUUUAUAACAUCAGAGGAACUUUCAAAGUCAAAGUUAAUAUUGGCCUAAUUCAUUACUCUUACUGGUUACAUGGGAGAUGUCAGUUAGAGAUGACAAGUCCACCUGCAGGUGCUCUUAUUACCCAUAGUUGUAGAACAAAGAGAUGAAAUGGUAAAAAAAAAAAAAAAAAAAAAAAAGGAUUAUUACUUCUGUAUAUUGCAUACUUUAGAACAGCAAUUUGAUUUGAUUUUUAUUUUCUCCUUGUGGAAUAAUGCUUUAAGUAAGCGCACAGGAAUUGCAUUUUCACCUGUAAUGGAUCCUAAUAACAGUAUAAAAGCUACUACGCCUCGAUCCCAAGCAAGUUGAGACAGGUUAUAUAAAUCCUCAUUUUCCAUGUUCUUUCA